GCGGAGGUGGAGGAGCUGGAGGAAGAGGCGAGCGGCCCGGAGGAGGACGAUGGAGGAGUCGCUGAAGGAAGGCGAGGCCGAGGGCGCGGAGCCCUGGUUGUCCAAGUGGGAGCGUCAGUGCCUGGCCGAGGCCGAGCAGAGGGAGCAGCUGCACCCCGAGCUGCAAGAGGCGGCGGGGCUCAAGAGCGAGCAGCAGAGGCUGUGGCACCUCUUCCAGACCUCGGCCACCGCCGUCGCCCAGCUCUACAAAGAUGCCGGGUCCCCCCAGCCAGGACUGUCCAUGUGGGACCCCUUCCAGAACGCGGCCACGGCCGUGACCAGCCUCUACAAAGAGAGCGGAGAUGCCCACCAACGAAGUUUUGACCUGGGCAUCCAGGUUGGCUAUCAGCGUCGCAUCAGAGACGUGCUGGAGUGGGUGAAGAAGGGCCGGAGCACCAUUCGCCGCGAAGACCUCAUCAGCUUCCUCUGUGGCAAGGCGCCCCCCGCGACGCCGCCGCCGCCCCGCGUCCCCAGGACGCCUCCGAAGCCGCCCGCCGGGGCCCCCAGCCAGGCAGCUGUCACCGAGGCCAGCUCAUCGGUGGACGUCGACCUGCAGCCCUUCCACGAGGCCAUCGCCCUGCACGGCCUCAGCGGCGCCAUGGAGAGCAUCAGCGUGCGAUCGGGCGCGCCGGGCUCGCCGCCCCCCGACGGUGAGGCGGCGGGCGGCGGUCGCAGGAAAGGUGGCCUCCUUGAAGACGACUCGAGCCCCUUCCACGCGGAAGAACUGGCCCCCCGCCUGGACAGCGGGGGGCUCCUCCGCAAGCGCACCUCGGCCCAGUGCGGGGACGGCCUCACGGAUGCCCCGACCCACAAGCGCAACCGAAUGGCCUAAACCCGCCGUCGACGGUCGUCGACCAGCCGCCAUAUUGCUUGAGAGCCAAGUCGACCUUCAACACGCUGGUGGAGUGGAUACUCGAGACCGUGUUCUCUUUAUUGUCUUAAGUUAAUCAAAGGUUUCUAUCGAGUUUACCGUAAAGAAACUUUCCAAGUGUUCCAGAAGAGGCCUCGUAUGACUCUGACUUUCCGAUAAAUGGAACCCUAGCAGAGAACACCACCUAUCACAUAGUUAGCAAGAUCGUUUUCAGCAGAAGUAUCUAGUCAAGACGGGAGCCUGGUUUAUCUUGUUCACAGUUCUAUUCCUUAGCACCUAGCACAGUUGCUGACUCUCAAUAAAUGUUUGUUGAAUGACUAAA